ACCUCUUCUCUUUUUUGUCGUUCUUUAGUUCGGCUUCCGUUUUUUCCAAAAAAUCGCAUAAUGCUUGUGUGGCCCGAAAAACCUGACUUGGAUUACAAACACUUAAUCGGCAAUUCGUCGUAUGCCUUGCCGCAAGACCGUCAACGUGGUCGUAAAUUGAGUUUUCAGGUUCUGGUAGACCGUGGUCACCAUGUCCUCCAUCGCUGUCGCCAGCUAUCAUUUGUUAUAUACCUCCGUGGUUUUUCCAGAAUAUAUCACGGCCAGCACGUCCGUUAUUCAGUUAUAAGUUCCUGGGGCGAGGCAUACGGACGUCAUACGACGAAAUGCCGAUUACCUCGCUAAUCGCAAUUGGUCAGGGAGCGACGUCUACGUCAGCAACGUCGUUGGACGCGAUGGAGUUGUUUCUUGUAUUAAAGAAUUCGGGUUGCAUCUCAAAUACAUCAUCAACAGACAGUUCAUUCUCGUCUGUGAACACGACGACCAAAUCCACGUCGCACACGCCUGUCACCAGGCAAACCAAACUUGCCGCUGCGCCUGGCUCCAACGAUGUUCGUAUUUCCGAAAGUAUCGACGCAACGCAAGCACGUUCGUAGACGCAGUUUUGCGUGCGAUUUGUCAACCAUUGACUGGGCCGACAUCAUUGGAUAUUUUUGUACAGACGGGCACGUCACAAAAGAAAUGUACGUCGACGGUGCCGAUGCUGGACUAUGUGGUGAAAUUAGAAAUAUUUCCGUAGGGGCUAUUUGCGUAAAAAAAAAAAAAAAAGCUUCAACCAGAUCAGGAGCCGAUGUAAAUGAUAUUUAAAAGCCAAUAUUAUGGUUUGCUUAUGAAUAUAUGGAGUCUUUUCUGGCACCAGUUUACGAAUGCCAGACAACUAUAAAUACUCAAGAUACAGUAAGUACCUACAAUAAUUAAUUUAUAACUACUCAAAGGCUUUACAAAGAUUCAAAAAUCUCUAGUAAAAUUAGAUAUCUUUGUUAUUUUGGCAAGUUCAAAUAAAAUAUCGUGGCACUAUAGUAAAAUCUACUGAGAUUCAAAUUUGGCUCUCAUGGCAGUCAAGUUGUUAAAAUUCAAUUAUGAUAGAACUGCAAGAAUGUCUUCGAAUGUAACACAUAUGCAAGUGAGACAUUCAAGUAGCUUCUGCCUUAUCACUUGCUAUAGAUGAGUCUUGUGACAUAAAAGACACGGCACAAGUUUUCCUUUUCGUCGGAUAUAUGUCGUCCCAAGGUCCAAAAGAAGAACUGCUAGGGUUGCUACCACCCUCUGGACAAACUCGUGGGGAAGAUACAGUAAAUGCUGUGCAAAAAUUCCGGGAAGACAAUGGAAUUAAUUUAAAUAAAAUCGUUUCCAUAGCAACUGAUGGAGCCAGAAGUAUGACAGGAAUACAUAAAGGGACAAUAUCGAUUCUUCAGAAAAAAAUUAACCACGAAAUCCUAACGUUUCACUGUAUAAUUCAUCGAGGCGCUUUGUGCCCAAACAUUUCCGGCCGAAAUAGUUGAGGUCAUUAACUUAAUAAUUAAAAUCAUUAACAGCAUCUUGGCAAAAGCACUCUACCAUCGCCAGUUUAAAGAUUUCCUUGUAAAAAUAGAUUGUCCGUAUUCUAAACCUACUUUGCACAAUAAAGUACGAUUUUGCAAUUUACGUGUUUUUAUUAAUUAUUAUGGACACGGACAAUGCGGCAGUUGCUUCUCCAAUAAGGAAAAAUCCAUGCGGAAAAGGUUAGUACUUAAAAUCAAUUGAAAAAACAUGUAAUAAACAUAUUUUUUCAACUUUUUUUGAAUUUUGAAUUUUUUUUCAAAUUCAAUAGUAUACAUAUAAAUUUCUAAUGAAACUGAAAAAUGUAUUUGGUUUACCAAUGAUACAUAUUCUUGUGGCUACCAGCGGCCUCAUGGCAGCUAACGUGUUAACAGAUGAAAUUGAUUGUAUGCAUUAUUUAACAUAGUUUUUUUAUAUUUUAUUCCAGCCAGUUUCAUCUGAUAAACGGAUUAUGAUAGUUAACGCAUAUAAAUUAGAAUUGAUGAAAAAUCCAAACAAAACAAUUCGCGAUUGUCGUACUGUUAUUUCGAAAAAUCUUGGUUUCGGGCAAAGGACGGUUUCGAACGUGAUUAGCGAGUACAAUACCAAAAAGACUGUGACUUCUCCAUACAAAAUUCGACAAAAACCUAUAAAGAUCUAUAUGAUGAUCUACAACUUGGAACAAUACGUCGACAUGUCCAUUCCUUUUGGUUUAACAAGACUAUUCCGACACUAGAUAAGAUACUAACAGUUAUAAAGAAUGACGACAGUCUACCAAAUAUUUCACGUUCAAACCUAAAUAAUAAUCUUUUAAAAUUUAUGAAUUUCGUCUACACAAAACAAAGUCGGAAUAGCGCCCUUAUCGAAAAGGACGAAAUUAUUUUGGGGCGUAGACGAUAUUUGCUGAAUAUUAAAAAAUAUCGUGAAGAAGGACGGUAUUUGUAUUAUCUGGACGAGACAUGGGUGAACGCAGGCGACUGUACAAGCAACAUCUGAAUAGACAAUACAAUUAAAUCGUACAGUCAUGCAUUUGUACAAGGUCUCACGACAGGCUCACAGAAUCCAUCUGGUAAGGGCAAGAGGCUCAUUGUUCUUCACAUCGGGUCGAAAAACGGUUUUGUACCUGGUGGGCUAUUGUGUUUCGAAGCAAAAAAAACUAAUACCGACAAUCAUGAGGAAAUGAAUGGUAACACAUUUUUCAAAUGGAUGGAGAGCUGUGUCAAUAAAAUGGACAACGCCCCAUAUCAUUCCGUGAAGUGUGAACAAAUACCAAGUAAAUCAACUCACAAAACCGAUAUAAUUAAUUACACCUAUAUCUCUAAUUUUUCACGUCUUGUUGGAUCACAAUAUAAUAGUCAUGACCCAUCUUUUUUUAAAAAAAAAAAUCUAAAUUUUAUAGUUUGGCGUAGAGGGCUCUCUUGAACAAUUUGGUUUCUGACGCUUACGCCAAUUAGCCUGCAAGCAGUCGAUGUAUAGAGGAGCGACUUUGAAGACGACGACGAGCUGUCAAACUAUGGAAAUCGAUAUGGAUAUUUACCCAGGUAAGAAAUCUUUUAUUAUGCUCCACCACGUAGUGAUGGAAAAAGUUCUAAAUUAGAUUUUUUUUUUAUUUUUUAUUUUUUUUUAUUUUUUUAGUAGGCAGGAAAUUAAUGGUCGAUGUAGAUACCGCAGCCAGAGUAAAUAAAGCAAGGAUACAUAACGAAGAAACAAAUUGCGGUGUUGACAACAUAAUAUUAGGAGUGUGGAAUAGUAUUCCAGAUACUUUUAAUUCCGUCAAAAAAUUAGCGAUUUCAUUGUUAACGAUUUUCCCAUCAACGUAUGCUUACGAGAGUAUCAUUUCAAUAUUAAAUCAUACACUUUCAAAGGCCAGGAACAGAUUAACGGAGGAAGAUUCGGCAGCAUGUAUUUCCUUGCAAUCAACAUCGUAUCAACCAGACUUAAAAAAGCUUACAACCUACAUGAUAAUCAUUAAUUUUUCAUUUAUAUUUUUCUGUGUUAAUAAAAAUAAUUAUGGCACGGCUGAAAAUUUUUUUUAAUAAUGCCUUAAAUUGGCACAAAAUUAUCUAACAUUGAUAAUGUUUGUAAGUUUAAAUACACAUCAAUUGAACAUAGUAUUUUUCAUAAAUUAAUGUCAUCAAAUUCAUGGUUAUAUACUGCAAUUCAUCAAAAUUUAAUUAUUAUUUGUUCAAAUCAUAAUCAAAUUAUUAAGAAAAUGUAUAGUUCAGAAAUUAUAUCUCUCAGCAAGCAAUGUUCCGCUUCGUCUGCAGGUUAUCACAUGAGACCGUUCAGAACAAUGUACUCUGAUAUGGACUCAGACGUUGUACCAAACAUAAAUAUACCUCGUUCCGCAUACAAAACGACUAGAGUUAAAAAGUUACUACCUUCAGAAUCUAUUUUUUUUAAAUUAUGAGAAGUAAGUCUUAACCCAAAAUAACACAAAUAACGAAUCAAUAUUAAUCAAUUUUGGUGUAAUUAUUUGUAUCUGUACACUGUUAAUCAUAAUAUUUAGCUUAAGCAUAGUUAUAGUAUACAAAUGUAAAAUAAGAAAUGUAAACCAACCGAGUUCGACGGAUCCAACAGCCAUAGAACUCGAAGUAACUCUAGAAAAUGGAAAAUCAUCACCCAAAAUAGUUCUUUAAAAACAUAGGAUAACGAUCUUCCGUCUAACCCGGGAAGUGUUAUGAGCAUAUUGCUAUAGUAUAUAGUAUAGUAGUAUAAGCCCUUUGUAUUAGAGCAUAAGAUUAUAUUAUUAUUGUAGUCUAUCGAUAACGCCUAGUGUGUAGGCGGCUCCGAGAAUAUUGUAGCUAUACGGCACCCGCGAGAGAGCCGUCAGUCGAGCUACCACUUUUAAAACUAUACGUCGUCUCAACGACUAUUAUAAUAAAUUAUUCUUUAAUUAAAUUGUUCGACUCACAUUAAAUUAUAUUAGUAACUAAAAAUCCUUAGAACUGUUUCGUUGUACUUUCUCCUAAAAUUGGAUCCUCACACUAAGGAACAAAUAAUCAGUGUAUAAUAUAUUAUAAUCGUUAGGUAAUGAAACACAUUAUGGUAUUAUAAACUAUUUAUUUUUCUGACUAACCGGUAGCUAUGGAGAUCUCGUUUAUUAAUCAUAUUAUUUUAAUUUUACAUUUUAAAAUACAUAUAUUUAUUUAAGGUUUUAAAACAACCCUAUGACUUAUACAAUAUUAUAAAAAAAAAAUACAUUUUUUUUAACGAUUUAGCUACACGACUUUGAAACCGAGGUGACGCCGAUAGCUGAGUCGCUGAUCGCCAGCGUCUUUAGGCAGGCGAUGCNAUUAAAUUAUAUUAGUAACUAAAAAUCCUUAGAACUGUUUCGUUGUACUUUCUCCUAAAAUUGGAUCCUCACACUACCGAACAAAUAAAACAACCCAUACGAGCACAACAACUCGUAUAGGCACAACAAACUUAUGGAACUGAAGCUCCUACUGCUCAAAGCAUUCGACGUUCACACCAAACGUUCCAAGAAAGUGGUUGUCUGUGUGCACAGAAACGCUCAGGUCGACUUCGUACCUCUGACGAAAACAUCGAGCGUGUUCGACAAAGUUUCGUUCGAAAUCCACAGAAGUCUACACGUUGUGCAGGCCUAG